CUGGGCGGUGGGGACAUGGCCUUCCUCGGAGAGAUUAUCUCACCUGAAACGGACCAAGGUUCCCGCCCACCCCCGCUGCCCGGCGAGGAGAUUAAUGAUCGACCGGCUGUUUCUGGUCCCUCGCUAAAAGGGCGAAGUGUGACCUCAGGGGCCCGUUUUCUCCGAACCCAUCUGCAGAGGGUCCAGGUGACGCGAGGAAUCACACGCGCGCCCCAAAGCUCUACCAUGCGGGGGUUUCCAAUCCUGCUCCUCACUUUGGCGCUAGCCCAGGCUCUCCACCGAGGUCGAGAUUAUGAGAAGGAGAAGGUCUGUCGAGAAUUCGCCAGCCUGGGGAAAGAUGACUUUCGUUCUCUGUCGAUCGUGAUGCACAGCAAGAAGUAUCCCCGGGCCUCUUUCUCUGAGGUCAUCGCGUUGGUGAAUGAGGUCGUCUCCCUGACCGAGACCUGCUGCGCUCAAGGGGCCGACCCCGACUGCUAUGACGAAGGGGCCUCGGCCCUGUCCGCCAAAUCCUGCGAGAAGGACUCUCCCUUCCCUCGCCACCCGGACGUGGCCGAGUGCUGCGCCAAAGGCGGGCUGGAGCGGAAGCUGUGCAUGGCGGCCCUGAUGCAGCCACCCCAAGAGUUCCCCACCUACGUGGAGCCGUCCAACGACGAGACCUGUGAAGCUUUCAAGAAGGACCCCAAGGGCUUCGCGGAGCAAUUUUUAUACGAAUAUUCCAGUAACUACGGACAAGCGCCACUGCGCCUGCUCCUGGGCUAUACCAAGAGUUAUCUGUCCAUGGUGGGAACCUGCUGUUUUUCUCCCAAGCCCAACACCUGCUUUCUGCACGAGAAGUUGCAGAGUAAACAGAUUUCGGUACUCACCACUAUGUCAAAUAGUAUGUGCUCUCGCUAUGCCGCCUAUGGGAAGAAGUUCAAAUACAGUUCAAUGCUCAAAAUUGCACAGAAAGUCCCGUCAGCCGACUUUAAGGAUGCCGAGUUCCUGUCUGAAGAUUCCAUUCGGAUGCUCUCUAAAUGCUGCGAUUCGGACGCGGAGGACUGCAUGUCCAAGGAGUUACCGGAACACGUGGAGAAAGUCUGCGAUCGAUUAUCCACGAAGGACUCGCAAAUCCAGAGCUGUUGCCAAGAAAAUACACCCAUGGACAUCGUCCUGUGCCUUUAUUCCAAGCCCCCGGCCAAGUCUCCCAAGCCGGCGGACCUGCCCCGGCCCACCAAUGAAGACAUGUGCGGCACGGAAAACCCCAAAGCCCUGGAUCGGUACAUCUUCGAAAUAGGUCGGAGGUACGCCCACGUUCCCGAGGUGUUCCUGAGCAAAAUCCUCGAUGGGAUUACGAGAGCUGUCAGUGGCUGCUGUAGCGGGGAAGACCCACACACGUGCCUGGGGGUCGUGGAUAGAACCGACGCGAUGGUCACUCCCGAUGUGUUGCAGAGGUCCCAGAUGAAGCGGGAGAUGGUGGUCUACCUAGCCAAGGCGAAGGAACUGUGCGGGGAUUAUUCCGAGCUCACUUUCACCGAGUACAAGAAAGGGCUGACGGAGAAGUUCAGUCAGAAGCAGCCAGACGCCUCCCCCGCGACCAUCAAGGAGCUGGUGGAGCGGCGGGCAACUUUCGCCUCCAGCUGCUGCAUUUCCAACGCCCCUCCGCGCUACUGCAGCACCCAGAUUGACAUUGAGGUUGGCCACACAUGUGAAAAGGAGACUUGCCUUCUGCUGUAGGAAAUGGAGAAGCGGCGCCCGGCUGCCGGCGGCCACUGGAUCCCACGCCACGGCCCGUCCGAGCCCACGCUGGAAGGCUUCGCGGGGGCUCUCCAUCCGGUGGAAAGCUGCCAGCGGCAAUAAAUCACCUCCCCAGGGGAGCGCCGCAGCGCGUUUCCACCCUCGAGGA